AUUUGUUUGCCGGCCGCGACCGGUGUUGCUUUCCUGUUCCACGCGUCGGGGACUCACGCUCGUGACUUGCGCCGUUCACGCGCGGCAGGAGACCUUCAUCGCUUGACCCUUGAACAUCACUUCCCUUGCGAGACUGCUACUCGUGACUUAGACUGUGCCAGACAACGUCUUGCCCCCUUCAAGACUUCGUACAAAGCCAGGCGUCCUUGACUCGCGGUCAGGCUAAUCUUGCAGCCGAGCUCGGUAUGGCAGCAUGGGCAAAGAUCUAUCACGAAAGCGAAGGAAAUUUCGUCACAAUGACGAUGCGCCAAAUCCCAACGACUCUUCAGACGAUGGUCGUGCUCACUCGCCCGACGCCGACGUCCCUGCCUACGCAGGAGACCGAGACUCUGGUGUUCGCAGACGCACGAUAGCAGAACAAGCUCGCCUCUCACCCUCGAGAGGCGUAGAGAGAGGAAGUAUAUGGGCUGUGCGGAAAUCUCAAAGUCCUCGCCGCGAUCAUGAUUCAGACAGUGACGGAGAAAGUGAAGAGGAGCAUCGUGACGUCUUUCAUCUGGAUGUGCCUUAUGUGGCCGACGAUGCAGAAGCCAUACCAACGACUGAGACCCACCCCGCCACUCUGCAGGAGGACGACAAACCACCUCUGAACGAAGAAGAGGCGGCAGAGUUGCAAGACCUGGAAGAAGAGGAAGUCGUAGAGUACUUGCGUCAGAAGCGCGAAAAGAUUCGAUUGGAUCGGAUAAGGCAAAUCGAAGAGCGCGAUGCGAGGGAGCAGGCGGAGCGUGCUGCGGCGAAGGAAGCCAGGGAGCAAGCAGAGAAAGAGAAAUGGAAGGUGAGCUGCUCGUGUGACGAGAAAGGCAUCGUGGAGUAUUUGAGCAUGUGCUGCUGUCCGCCAUGGUGCGGGUACGCUACACUAUACAUCUCAGAAAGGGCCAUGUAUGCGCCAUGAUCGGACACAGAUGCCAGAAUAGCACGACUAAGGCAAAUAUGUCCUGAGAGGCUCGUCUGCCUCACAGAAGCACAGUUAGCGCUGAUGCGACGCACAGCAGCAGCGAUCAGAUCCUCAUCCACGCCAUCCGUAUUGGAGAUG